AUGUCUCCACCUCACCAAAAGCCGGCCGAUCCUCCGUCUCUUCCCGGAACCCCUGUCAAAUUAGUAGAAGAGAGUGAGAAACGAAGCGAUUAUCUCGUCUGGAGCGACUAUUUUAUGGCGUUGGCGAUUUUGGCGUCGAAACGGAGCAAAGACCCGACAACACAGGUUGGUUGUGUAAUUGUUGAUCGGGACAAUAAAGUGCUUGGGACGGGCUACAAUGGAAUGCCGAUUGGGUGCGACGAUGAUGAAAUGCCUUGGGGAAAGGGAGACAUGAAUCCCUUGCGAAACAAGCACGCCUUUGUCGUUCACGCCGAGCAAAAUGCGUUGAUAAACAGUCUCGGAAAAGCGGAAGGAUGCACUCUCUACACGGUGCUCUUCCCUUGCAAUGAAUGUGCAAAGAUAAUAGUCCAGCAUAAGAUACGAGAAGUGGUCUACAUGCUCGACAGGAACACGUGGGAAAUGGAAGGCGCGAGGAUACUAUUCAAGAAAACCGGGAUCAUUUAUAAACAAUUUAAAACAAGGCUACCAUCCGUCACGUUGAGUUUCGAUAAGGAUUGCUACGAGACCGAUAAACGAUUCGAUAAACAUGACGCA